GGGAAGCGCACACACAGGUUGUGCGUGUCCCAGGCAGAAACAGAAAAAUCUAAAGAGGGCGAAAUAGAGAAACAAAAUAGAAAUCUACACCCCGAACUAGUUCAUUGCAAGCGACUACCUGGUUUGGUAAAAGGUUGUAUACAUACAGUGGUCAUAAUCAUGGGCUGCUUUUUCUCCAAGAAAUCUAAAAGAAAAUCCGGAAAAGAGCUGACAUCGAAUGGAGCAGAAAACACGACCAAUAACAACGCCGAAGCGGAACCAAAGCAAUACAGUUGGGACAAGCGAGAGAAGGUUGAUCCGAACGACUACACACUGAAAGGGGCCAAGGAUGCCACGAUAGGCCGCCUGCCCGGCAAGCUCAACGGCCAGCAGCUGGUCAUCCAGGACUGUGAGAACUGUGACAUCUACGUCUUCGACCAUUCAGCCACCAUCUCCAUAGACGACUGCAUCAACUGUCGAGUGGUCCUGGGGCCGGUCAAGGGCAGCGUGUUCAUCCGCGACUGCAAGGACAUCAAGUGCGUGGUUGCGUGCCAGCAGUUCCGCACCCGCGACUGCAAGAAGGCCGAGGUGUUCCUGUGCUGCUCCACGCAACCCAUCAUCGAGGCCUCCACGGGCAUGAAGUUCGGCUGCUACCAGUACUACUACCCCGAGCUGGCCUUCCACUUCAAGGACGCCGGCCUGAGCAUCUUCAACAACAACUGGAGCAACGUCCACGACUUCACGCCGGUCUCCGGCGAGACCAACUGGAGUCUGCUGCCCGAGGACGCCGUCGUUCCGGACUACGUGCCACCGCCGGACAGUGAGUCGGAGUUCAAGGGUGUCAGGGUGUCGACGGACGCCGGCCGCAGCAUCGUGCCCCUGACCCGUGGCGGGAGACGCAAGGACUGCGACGAGUCCUGCCUGUUUGUGUUCUUCUCCGGGGACUACACCACCGCCAACGCCCGCAAACUCAUCGACGAGGCCACGGGGAAAGGUUUUAUUCUGAUCCAAACCAAAGAGGUUGCAAUGAGGCCUGAAGAUGCUAACCGAGUAUUUCAGGGCAGUGCCGAAGAUUUUACAGAGCUGAUAAGCAAAGGUCCAGUUGUAGCUUUGGAGUUGAAUGGAGAUGGGGUGGUGGAGGCAUGUCGUGCCAUUGCCAAUGAAGUAUUCAGUGGAACAAAGGUUUUUGUUUCGGAAAACAAAAACACCUCUGGGAGAGAUGUGGACAAUUUCUUCAAUUUUGCAGACAUGCAGAUGGGACUGUGAAACUCUUUUUCUCUGGCAACAAUAUGCAUUUAUCACAUUAACAGAUGGCUAAAAUGAAUUAUGUUUUGGCAGAAAUUGGAACUGUUCAUAAGACACACAUGGGGAACAAGAUGGUUGCAUUUAAAUAAUGUGUACAUGCCUUUCAAUCUCAGUUUUGUACUUGUUGAAUGUAUUUUGGAACAAUAAUGUGUUUGUUCAUGGUAUCACUUGUAGAUGUUCAUUUAUGUCUAAAUACAUACCUUAAAAUUGUUUUUAUAAUGGCUACAUAAUAUUCACAGAAAUUAUGUAGAGCACAAGUGAACAUAUAAUUACAGAUAAUAGUUCUGUAAAUCAAUUUUAGAAUCAACUUCAUUCGGACUGCCAGGACAAAAUUGAACUAGUUUUUUAUUGUGUAUAUAUAUAUUUUUACAGCAUAUUCUUUACCAUUCCCAGCUAUUUUUAUGUUUUUAUUGCACUGAAAUAUAGGCAAAUUAUAUGCCUAUAUAUAUAUAGAUUAAUGCUGGAAUUUUAUAUUUAGAAAGUGUCAUUUGUACACUUUUUAUUUUGUAGAACUGAUUGUCAAAUGAACAUUUUUAAAUGGUUUUGAUAUUAAAAUCUGUCUUAAUUGUUCUGUAAAGUUAUCUGGAAAUGUAAAUAUAAUGCAUGUCUAGGCAAUUUUUUCUUCAUACAGCAGCCUGAAUGUCAAAUGUGUGUCUGUGAAUUAAAUCGUUUUGCUACUCCAA